AUGCCCUCAAACAACAUGAUGUCGGCUGGGCAUUUACCAUCCAAUCACAUGCAUACUUCAGGCUUAGAUGCUCUUGCUCAUGGUUCACAAUAUGCUAUCUCGCAGCUUCAUCAGCAGCAAGUGGACCUUCGUCAAAACUCACAAGCUCAUAGGAACACUGCUUCAAAGCAUCGACAGCAUCCUUAUGCCAUAGGAAUAUCUGGAAAUAACGCCACAUCUGCCAGGAGUACCGGAAAUUCUGGACCAAUCCGAAGGAGAAUCAGCAGAGCAUGCGAUCAGUGCAACCAGCUCAGGACUAAAUGUGACGGCCAAAGCCCAUGCGCUCAUUGCGUCGAAUUUGGACUAGGAUGCGAGUAUAUCCGUGAACGAAAGAAGCGAGGAAAAGCUUCAAGAAAAGACCUUGCACAACAAGCUGCCGCUGCCGCUGCCGCCAAUGGACAAAAAUCACCCACUGAUCAAUCGUCCGAAGAAAGAUCACCAGUGGAGUCUCGCAAUGAUCCAUCUUCCGCCACUUCCCUAACGAAUGACAAUGUUGAAUUCCCACGACACACACCAUCUAGGUCUUUGAGUCUCAACACAGCCGCAGUCGAAAAACCUUCAGCUCGUGAAUUGAUGAAAGGAAGAAUUCGUGCCGGUAGCCUCGAAAGCCUCACCGAAAUCCCAUCCCAAGGACAUCAGCCUCACGUUAACCGCGCAGAAGUCGAUCAAAUCGGGAGCCCCGGGUCCUUGCACUUACAUGGCUACUCAAGCAUGCACGGUUACCGCUCUACAUUAAAUCCCCACAUGAUGAACGGCAGUGGCAGUCAUGCGAACUUCAACAGCGCGCAGACCGGUUAUUCAGAUCUACCCUAUUCUAUGCAGGGUCAGAGCCCGCCUAAUUUUUCGGGUAAUACCCAAGCUCGUGGACGAAUUUGUCAAAAAUUACUCGAACUUACUGUCGGUCUUCUUAAACCUCUUAUUCACGGAACGAAUGGAAGCAAUGAAUCUGCUUCUAAUUUCUCUAAUACAAUCAUUAAUGGCGUGGCGUUGGGUGGUCUUGGCGUAGCGAUGCCCGGUUCGGUAUCUACAGAUGCGCUAAAUGAGACAGGUGCUUUUGGGGCAGCUGGAACUCUUGACGAUGUUAUAACUUAUAUUCAUCUCGCUACUGUUGUGUCAGCUAGCGAGUACAAAGGAGCAAGUCUUCGAUGGUGGAAUGCAGCUUGGUCAUUAGCUCGCGAACUUAAAUUGGGAAGGGAGUUACCACAAAACUCAACCACGAUGGCUUCCGGACAACCAAAUGAAGGAGCCAAUGAUGUUGAUGCUGAUGGAGAAGAUGAUGAUGAAUUACCCCGUACUCCGGGGCAGUGUACCGGACAUAGCAUAUUCGGAUACUUCCUACCCCUCAUGACGAUCCUCGGUGAGAUCGUAGAUCUCUACCACGCCAAAAAUCAUCCUCGAUUCGGCAUCGGCUUUCGUUCUGCUCGCGAGUGGGAUGAUCAUGCUAAUGAAAUCGCAAGACAAUUGGAUGCUUAUGGUCAAAGUCUACGGGAAUUUGAAUCUGAACAAAUCCCUCCGUUGCCCGAUGACCAAAAUGAUCAAAACAUGGAAGGCAAUAAUAUUCAAUCCUCUACAAACAACAAAUCUCUCGAACAUAACGAUAUCGGUACUCCUUCAGUUCACUCAGUUCAUUCAGCUCAUUCCGCUCACACCGCAUCUUCAAAUCAUGUCUCGGAAGCUAAUAUUCAAACGCGCAUCGUGGUGGCUUAUGGUACCCAUGUUAUGCAUGUCCUUCACAUUUUAUUAACGGGAAAAUGGGAUCCGAUUUCCCUACUUGAUGAUAACGAUCUAUGGAUCUCGUCGCAAAGCUUUAUCAAUGCGACGGGACAUGCUGUGGAAGCAUCACCCAGCGUAGUCAAAGCCUGCGAAACCAUCGUUCGAGCCCACGAAGCCUGUGUCGCGACGCUGAAUACAGAAUACCAGCGCAAUUUCCGCAAAGUAAUGCGCUCAGCACUCGCACAGGUACGCGGUCGCAUCCCAGAAGAUUUCAACGAGCAACAAUUGAAGCGGAGAGAAGUGCUUUCUCUCUACCGCUGGACGGGCGAUGGAACGGGUUUGGCUUUAUGA